GUUUUACGCAAUUGGCUACUUUGAAUGUUUCUAACAAUGUUAUUGGUGCGUUUAUGGUAUUUAAUGUUCAAACGGUCUUCUCCCAACAGGAAGGCGAUUUUCAAAAGCAAGUCAUUUUAGUUGUCCCCAUUAGAGUUGUAUGUGAAGACAAGAAGCUUCUAUUCUGUGAGUCUUUUCGGUUAAUUCGAGGAUGACCUCUGUUGAAGUGAAUGAUGAGAAUCGUGGCAUAUGCCCUGGAGGAGGGAAGCACAUCGGCACAAGCGAUGACAUUUUUACUCUGGAUCAGCCGACCGGGAGGCCGUCCAUCCUGCGUCAAACGGAGAACCUCCCCAGCAAGACUGUGCCAAAGGGCAUCAAGGUUUGUUUCCAGACUCCAAGAAGAGACCCAGUGACUAAAAGGUUGUUAUCCCCUACAAAGAUUGUUAAGAUUGCAUGUGUGGACGAGUGCACAAAAACAAUGGAGUCCUUAAAUUUGGACUUGACCAACACUUUGGCACGAGACACACCUCAACAACCUGAUGGGCCAAAACAAGCUGAAUUGUCUUCCUAUCCAGAUGAUGACAUGCCAAUACAAAGCAAAGGUGGUUACCAGUUGGAUUUUGACAACCUAGACAACAUGGACCCUUUCCAGACGUCUAAUAAGAUGGUCCUGUCACCUCCAAGGCCUCCACUUGAGAACCCUUCUUCCAAACAAGCAGACAAAAUCUGUGAGGAGCUCACCAAGUCAGAUACUGCAUUGGAGGAGACGCUACCCUUCACCACCUCGCUGGAGAACUCCCUGGUAUCUACUGGCGUCAGCUCUACUGAUAGCAGCGUGGUCAUCGUGACGCUUCCAGCCGCAGAACAAGAAUCACGAAGCACAACACCUGAUAUCCCUGCUAAGACUUCCCCAGGUGCCGUUCUGAAUGAACAUUCAGAAACGUUUGUUGAAGAUGCUCCGCUACCCCCAAAAGGAUCCUACAACUUUGAUCCUGACCACAUUGAUUUAGUUGAUCCUUUCAAAACGGGAGGCCCCAAAAUCCAGAACUCGCCAGUGCUGGGAAGGAAGGCACCGGACCGUCAAGAGAUAAAGCAGAUGGAGCCUGUAGAUGUGGAGGUUCCUGUUCAAGCUGGCGUAAAGCCCAUCGCCACUGUGGCCCCCAUUCCAUCUGACUCCCAAGUAGCUGAAUCCAAGCCCCCGCCAAUUGCCGCACCUGCCAACAAAGGACCUAUCAAGUUGGACUUCAACUUUGAUUGCGACGAGGUUAAACAGAAGCCACCACCCAAGAAGUUUGGCAAAAGACCGCCUGGCCUCAAACCCAAAGAGACAAAGUUCGAUGUGAAUGCACAAGGAGGCCUUGCAGAGGAGUCCGGGGCUGGUGGCGAUGCAGAUGUGGGCGCCUCCUUGUUCUCUUUAGACUUCGAAAUGCUCGAGGACCCCAACUUGAACCCUUUUGGAACAAAGUCCUGCAUCAACAACUCUCUUCAGAGCAACCUCCAGACAAGUCCUCUACCUGCUCAAAAGGAUGAGACACCUGCUUGUGCUAAUGAGAGCGUUUCCAUUCUUGAAGUCAACACCAAAGCAGUACCAGAUAAAGCUGAGACUCUACCAUCCAAAGUGGUACCGCCUACAAAGCAACCAGCAGAAACCAGCUUGUCAGAAUUCAAUGAAGAAUUUGUGCCUGGCACUGAGUUCAUGGCUAACAACUUUGAUGGACAAAUCGACUACCUUGAACAGUUUGGCUCCUGCAGCUUCAAGGAGUCGGCGCUACGCAAACAGUCUUUGUACCUUAAAUUUGACCCUCUGCUGAGAGAAAGCCCAAAGAAGUGUGGCGGAGGCCCAAUUGUUCCAGUACAAGGGCCUCACCCUGCAGCACUUGUUUCACGGUUUGAAAUUCCACCAAUGGCUGAAAAAGAAGCCGUAAGCUUGCCUCGGGAGACCUCUAAACUGACUGACGCUACAGCUCCAGCGCCCCAAAUACUGGAGAGCCUUGUCCCUCCUUUCACGCAGUCUAACAGCGAAGCCACCAUCAUUGAAGUGCUCAAGUACAGUCAGAAAGACAUGGACGCAGCCAUCGCCAAGGUCCAGGCUGAGGCAAAGGAAAAAGAGGAACAAAUGUGUGCUAAGUAUAACACGUUGCAUGAGGAAGGUCAGGAAAUGAGGAAAAUCGUUGCAGAAUUUGAGCUCCUCAUUGCAAAAAUGAUGGCUGACCAAGAGAAGGAGCGUGAGCUGUCCCAGGCCAAGCUCAAUGAGGCCCUGCUGGAGAAGGAGCAAGUCUCCAACGACCUCAACGGCAUGGAGAGGUCCUUAUCGGACCUCUUUAGACGACUGGAGAAGUACAAGGAGGUCAUUGACGGCUAUAAAAAGAAUGAGGAGACGCUGAAAGCUUGUGCUCAAGAUUAUCUGGUGAGAAUCAAAAAGGAGGAGCAGCGCUACCACACUCUUAAAGCCCACGCUGAGGAGAAAAUUGGCCAUGCCAAUGAGGAAAUAGCCGAGGUGCGCACCAAAUAUAAGGCGGAAGUGUCAGCGAUGCAAGUCCAGCUGCGGCGCGAGCAGCUGAAGGUGCAGUCGCUAGAGAAGAACCUGGACCAGAAGGUAAAGGAGGCUGAAGAGCUCACCAAACUCUGUGAUGAACUCAUCAGCAACGUCCAGAAGGGUUGAUGGACUUUACUUGUUGUACAUACUUUCUGACAUUUGUUCAUCGUUGUCUCAUCAUUUUCACUCUGUCGUGUUUGUCUGAUACUUUGACUUUUAAUGUUCUUGCAGUUGUGUAAAAUUAAAAAUAGAGAAUCAAGCUAAGUGUUUUUUAACCCCACGUGAAAAGGGGGAGGGGGGGACUUAAUAUUUUUGUCUUAACAAUUCUUGCUAGGUAAAUGUUGCCAGUUGGUCUAAAAUUGACAUUUAGUUGUAUUAAAUUAAUAACCAUAUCAUUUAUUUAUGCUGCAGUUAGACAAAUGGACAAAUUUAAAAGUAAAGAAUAUUAAAAUACAGGGGAACCUCAGUUAGCCUGUUUUUAAAUGAAAAUUUAAGGUUACUUCAGAUCAACCACCCCCUUCCUGCUUUCAGUCACAUCCAAAAUCAUGUUUUCAUGACUUCAAUAUAGGUUAAAGUAGCCUUUUAAAUGUUUGUUUACCUUUUCAUUCAUUGUUUAUAUGCAUUUUGAAUUGUUUUCUGCAUGUAAAACAAGCUGGUUUUGUGUUAACAUUUUUAGCUGUUUUGGAACAGAUUAGUUAUUUACAUUAUUUCUUACGGGGGGAAACAUUGAUUUGGUUAACGUCCAUUUCAGUUUGUCUGACCUUCUGGAACAAAUUAAUGACUCUAACCAAGGUUCCACUGUAGCUGAAGACUUAGUUUGCUAAGUGCUCUAACACCGACAUGAACAUUUAAUAAUAUAAAAUGCACUGGCACAUUAACUAAAUUUAUCAAUUUAAAAUAAAUGGAUUUCAUGGCGCAUUAUAAUCUUAAUUCAAGACAAAAAUAAGCUGAUCUAACACUAAUGUGAACAUUCGGUUUAGUUAAAAUAUACCAUGAGCAAAGCAAUUUUGUUCAAUUAAGUUUCAUUACAUUGCGUUGAUAAGAACAUUAACUUGGAUGCAUAAGCCAACUGAAUGAAGUAUAACAAAGUUAAUGCAAUUUCAAUUUGUUCAACAUUAAAAUGUUAGUGUUAUGUUUUUGCACAUUAACUUAAGUGAAGUUAUUUGAACUAACAAUAUCACAAUUUUGGAACUCAUGACUUAUUUCUGUUGCGCUAACGAAAAUACUGUAAAUGCCUUUUUUUUAGCGAUGUGCAGUUAACCACUUAACCGCUAGAGGGCAGUAUUUACUUCAAUAUGUUUUCAGGGUUCUUUCCUAUUUGAAGAAUGGCUGCUUAAUAAAAAAAAAUCCUGUUAUGUACACAUUCACC